AUGGUGUUUAUCAAAUCCCCUGAUAACAAAACCCUAGCUUUAGAUCUAAGCCCAAAUACUACCUCUCUUGAAGCUCUGACUCUACAAAUUCAGCAAAAUUACCGAAUACCAGUUUCCCAGCAGCGCCUCUACUUGUCUCCCCGCCUGUUAUCUCUCCCUCAAAACGCCGCGGUUUUGCUUUCCCAGCUUGGCGUUUCCCAAAACUCAACCCUAACCCUACACGUCCCGCUCAUUGGCGGUAUGCAAGCCCCGGUGCAACCCAAGGGUAGAUUAGACUUUCUUAGUACGAAACCGCCGGCGAAUUAUGUCGCUGGACUGGGACGUGGUGCUACUGGGUUUACUACACGUUCUGACAUUGGUCCGGCCCGGGCAGCACCUGACCUACCCGAUCGCUCGGCUGCGGCUAUUGGGGCUCCUGGGGCAUCUGGUGUUGGCAGGGGACGUGGGAAAGGUCUUGGGGAGGAGGAAGAGGAGGAGGAGAACGAAGAGAAGGGGUAUGAUGAAAACCAAAAAUUUGAUGAGUUUGAAGGAAAUGAUGUGGGGUUGUUUGCAUCUGCGGAGUACGAUGACGAAGAUAAGGAGGCUGACUCUGUGUGGGAGGCUAUAGACCAAAGGAUGGAUUCACGUAGGAAGGAUAGGAGGGAGGCAAGACUAAAACAGGAAAUUGAAAAGUAUCGUGCUUCGAAUCCAAAAAUUACGGAACAAUUCGCAGAUUUGAAGAGGAAGUUGCACACAUUGUCAAGUCAAGAGUGGGAGAGUAUCCCGGAAAUAGGGGAUUAUUCUAUGAGGAAUAAGAAGAAGAGAUUCGAGAGUUUUGUCCCAAUUCCUGAUACAUUAUUAGAGAAGGCGAGGCAGGAGAAAGAGCAUGUGACCGCAUUGGAUCCAAAGAGUAGGGCUGCUGGUGGGACAGAGACUCCAUGGGCGCAAACCCCGGUUACGGAUUUGACUGCUGUGGGGGAGGGAAGAGGUACUGUGUUGUCACUGAAGUUGGAUAGGCUUUCAGAUUCAGUCUCUGGCUUGACGGUGGUGGAUCCCAAGGGUUACUUGACUGACUUGAAGAGUAUGAAGAUCACAAGUGAUGCAGAGAUUUCAGAUAUUAAGAAGGCUAGGUUAUUGCUCAAGUCAGUGAUACAGACAAAUCCUAAGCACCCACCAGGUUGGAUUGCUGCCGCGAGGCUGGAGGAGGUGGCAGGGAAGAUUCAGGCAGCCAGGCAGUUGAUUGCAAGAGGGUGUGAGGAGUGUCCCAAGAAUGAGGAUGUGUGGUUGGAGGCUUGCCGUUUGUCGAGCAAUGAUGAGGCCAAGGCAGUGAUUGCCAGGGGUGUUAAGGCUAUACCAAAUUCUGUGAAGCUGUGGAUGCAGGCUGCAAAGUUGGAGCAUGAUGAUGUGAAUAAGAGUAGGGUGUUGAGGAAAGGACUCGAGCAUAUUCCAGACUCGGUGAGGCUUUGGAAGGCAGUUGUGGAGCUUGCUAAUGAGGAGGAUGCAAGGCUCUUGCUUCAGAGGGCGGUGGAAUGUUGUCCGUUGUACGUGGAGUUGUGGCUUGCUCUUGCGAGGUUGGAAACUUAUGAGAAUGCAAAGAGGGUGCUCAAUAAAGCAAGGGAAAAGCUUUCUAAAGAACCAGCUAUUUGGAUUACUGCUGCAAAGUUGGAAGAAGCUAAUGGGAAUACUUCCAUGGUUGGGAAGAUCAUAGAAAGGGGUAUUAUGGCUUUACGGAAAGUAGGUUUGGAAAUUGACAGAGAAGCAUGGAUGAAAGAGGCCGAGGCUGCUGAACGAGCUGGUUCUGUUGCAACUUGUCAGGCUAUAAUCCAUAACACUGUUGGGGUUGGAGUUGAGGAAGAAGAUAGGAAACGGACUUGGGUUGCCGAUGCGGAGGAGUGCAAGAAGAGGGGUUCUGUUGAGACAGCGAGGGCAAUAUAUGCUCAUGCGCUUACUGUGUUCUUGACUAAGAAGAGCAUAUGGCUUAAAGCAGCACAGCUUGAGAAGAGCCACGGCACCAGGGAAUCUCUUGAUGUGCUACUGCGUAAAGCAGUCACUUACAUACCACACGCAGAAGUUUUAUGGCUAAUGGGUGCCAAAGAGAAAUGGCUUGCUGGUGAUGUUCCUGCAGCUAGAGCAAUUCUUCAAGAAGCAUAUGCUGCUAUCCCAAAUUCUGAGGAAAUUUGGCUUGCUGCAUUCAAGCUUGAGUUCGAGAACCAUGAGCCUGAGAGAGCAAAGUUGCUUCUUGCGAAGGCACGAGAAAGGGGAGGCACAGAAAGAGUUUGGAUGAAAUCUGCAAUUGUUGAGAGAGAGUUAGGAAACACUGAAGAAGAGAGAAGACUGCUGGAUGAAGGACUAAAACUUUUCCCUGCAUUUUUCAAGCUGUGGUUGAUGCUGGGGCAGCUAGAGGAACGUCUUGGUAAGUUGGAGCAAGCAAAGGAAACUUAUGAGUUGGGCUUGAAGAACUGCCCCAAUUGUAUUCCCUUGUGGCUUUCUCUUGCUCACCUAGAGGAAAGGGUGAAUGGGCUAAGUAAAGCUCGAGCUGUUCUCACCAUGUCUAGGAAGAAGAAUCCUCAGAACCCUGAACUCUGGCUUGCUGCAAUUCGGGCAGAGUCCCGACAUGGCUACAAGAAGGAAGCUGAUAUUCUGAUGGCAAAGGCAUUGCAGGAAUGCCCCAAUAGUGGUAUUCUCUGGGCUGCUUCAAUUGAGAUGGUGCCUAGGCCUCAGCAAAAAACUAAGAGCAGGGAUGCAUACAAAAGAUGUGAUCAGGAUCCUCAUGUCAUAGUUGCAGUGGCUAAGUUAUUUUGGCAUGAGAGGAAGGUUGAUAAAGCUAGGACUUGGUUCAUCAGAGCAGUUACUCUUGCUCCAGAUAUUGGGGAUUUUUGGGCAUGGUACUACAAAUUUGAACUUCAGAAUGGUACCAUUGAGACCCAGAAGGAUGUAUUGGAGAGAUGUGUUGCAGCAGAACCAAAGCAUGGUGAAAAAUGGCAAUCAAUAUCGAAGGCUGUGGAGAAUUCUCAUCAGCCAACAGAAGCCAUCUUGAAGAAAGUGGUUGUUGCACUCGGAAAGGAAGAGAAUGCUGCUGAGAACAAGAAGAACUAG